GAAAGUACAGACAUGGCAUCUGUACACAUCAACAACGCUGUGAUAGAGACUUUAUCUGUCAACAGUAAAGAGAAUGUUCCUUACUUUGGUGUGUUGCUGGGUCAAGAAACAAAGGAUGGUUGGCAUGUAACAGGGUGCUGCCACCUUAAGGAUUCCAGUCCUUUACAGUUCUCAGUCCUGAAGGAAUCUGUCUCACAAUAUCUGUCUGGUGGAUUGCAGAUAUGUGGAAUAUUUUUGGAAAAUACUUCUCUAAAAGUUGACAAAAUUGCCAGUCAAGUCAAAAAAUAUUCUAUAAAACACCAGAAUGGACUAGUGAUAUGUGUUAAACUAAACAAUGACAGCAAUUUGUCAGAAGAAAAUAUAUUCUUGUCAUAUGAUGUAAACAGUAUACAGAGACCUACAGUUAUUGUUAAAGAAAAUGACCCUCCUUUUGUCAAAGUCCGACUGAAAUGUUCAUUUACACUCUCAGUAAGGAUAGAUAGUCAAAAAGGUUUGUAUUGUUCCCUGAAGAAUGAGUUGUUAUCUGUGAUAGAGAAUUUGUGCAAUACCAUAUCAUCAGCAUCCACCGUAUAUAGAGUGCAGGGCACUGCUGUGGUUUUUAGCUGUACACAAGUAGUAGGGUUACCAAUGGAGGCUGUGUGCUCCAGUUUACUUCAGCUAUCCAAUGCAGACCAAGAUGAAUUUGUACAGGGGAAGCAGAAACACUCCAAAUCACAAUUAGAGGGAACUUUGCUUUGUGAUUUGCUGCAGAAUGUAACUGUUACUAAGGAGACUUGUGAUGUACCUCUUUGUGCCCCAAUUAUUCAACACAGCUUAGAGAAAUUCAGGGCUGUGACCUUGACACUUCCUAUCGAUGUGUGCUGUCAGGUGACCCCAGAUAUGCAGGUGAUGACCUUAGGAGAAUAUAUGACAACAGCACUUUGUAAUCAGCUCAGAGCAAUGCAAGACUGUCUCUUGAAGAACAUUGAGGGUGAGACUCUACCAAAAGUACAACCAUUUCAUUUCCAACCUUGGAAAUCCUCAGCAAUUAUAACAGUGAUCUACCCUGAAGAGAAGUCAGAGGAAAAGUUAGAAAGCAAACGUCGAGAAUUACAUUCCUUGUUUUGUCUGUCCCCUUCAAGACCAUUGUUCAGAAGAGGAAACGUAUACCUCUUCCCAGAGGACAUUAUGCAAUAUGGCUAUCUCAUUAACCCUCAUCAAUACAUCACCACUCAGCCUAUGAAGGGUGGACAGCAGUCUUUGGUUCAAGGUCUAUACAGCUAUCACCAUUACAUGCAGGAUCGCUUUGAUGACAACAUGUGGGGCUGUGCCUAUAGAUCUCUCCAAACCCUAGUCUCUUGGUUCCGAUUUCAAGGUUACACAGAUAAACCUAUUCCAACUCACCGAGAGAUACAGCAGGCAUUAGUUGAUGUGGGGGAUAAGGAGCCAAAGUUUGUGGGAUCUCGGCAAUGGAUUGGUUCUAUGGAGGUCAGCUACUGUCUUGACCAUUUAAUUGGGGUUACAUCUCGCAUUGUCUUUGUUAGUGAGGGAAGUGAACUAGCAACGAAGGGGAGAGAAUUGGCACAGCACUUCCAGGUUCAGGGAACUCCUAUAAUGAUAGGUGGAGGAGUAUUGGCACACACAAUUCUAGGUGUAGACUUUAAUGAGGUGACAGGGGAUGUCAAAUUCCUAAUACUUGACCCUCACUACACUGGAGCAGAGGAUUUAAAAGUCAUUUUGGACAAGGGCUGGUGUGGUUGGAAAGGGAUGGAUUUCUGGGACAAGACAGCUCAUUACAACAUGUGUCUACCUCAAAGGCCCAAGGUUAUCUAAAACAAUGAAACAUAUCAAACAAGUAAUUCAAAAAUACAUGUAGCCAACUUUGUUGACCAAGCUGAACACAGCCCAUACUUUUCAAUGGAUUGCUAAAAGGAACAGGGAACCAAGAAAGUUUACAAAUUGUGUAUUAAAGUAUUGAACUUCUUAAGUAUGGAACUUC